AUGGCGACGAUGAUGACUGGCCGUGUGCUGCUGGUGUGUGCCCUCUGCGUGCUGUGGUGCGGUGCUGCGACGGUGGUGUCGUCGGCGCCUGAUGCUACCCGUGCCCAAAGUUUUUGGCGUGAGGAUUUGAUCCAAAAGUGGCAUGAACUGCUGAAGAACGAAUGCAAGGUGGAAAAUCCGUAUGAGAAUAAUGAGGAUUUGAAGGAGUUAGCCGUGAAUUGCUGUGUGCGUGAUGCAAUGAAUGAGCUUUGUAGCGCUUUUUACGGUAAUACUGUCAUGGAAAAUAAGGACGCUAAUGUUGAGGGUAUUUGCAAAGUGUACGCUGGAAAACCAGAUGAUGUUGUUAAUUGCCCAAAACCAAAAACCAACCUGUCGCCUGCUGCGGUAACUCCAGUGAAAGUAUCAGAUCCAGAAGCACCGAGAGAAAAGGAAGAAGAAUUGAGAAAGACACCGGAAGAGGCACCGAAAGCGCCACCGGAAGAGGCACCGACACCACUAGCGGGAACACCUUUGACGAAUUCACCAGCAAACCCAACAAAAGUAUCACCGUCACCGCCACUGAAAGGGCAACCCACCAAUGCAGAGGAAGUGCCGGUGCCAAAUUCAGAGGAAGGCUCAGUGAACACGGGGCCAACAAACGAUUCGGAAGAGGAGGACACUGACACAGUCGCAGACACCGAGCAGGAUGAACCAUCUAACAGUCAAGCCGAACCAGCCACACCAACACACACCGUUGCCAGCGAUAAUGGUGAUAACGAAACGGACAAGGGCACUGGAGAAGAUACUCCGAACAAUACACCGGAACCCGAUGUUGCCGGGACAGAAGAAAAUCAAGAGGAAAAUAAAAAUAAUAAACCGAAGGAAAGAACGCUCCAAGUUGCGGGUAUAAAAACCACCACAGCGACGUCUGGCGACAGUGACGGCGUCAAAGCCACCCCCCCUCUUUUGCUUCUUGUUGUUGCGUGUGCGGCGGCGGCUGUGGUGGUGGCCGCGUGA